GCUGUGAAGCUGUGAACAGUUGCAGCUGCUGCAGCCUCACUUCAGCAGUGCAGCUCCCUGGUGUUUGCCCCAGCAUGAACUCCAAGGCCCUGGCUGUCCUGGGCUGCAGCCUUCUCCUCCUCAUCUUGGCUGAAUGUCAGGAGAAGGAAAAGCCCCCCAAAGCCACCGAGAAGAAGGUCACAAAAGAGCCCAAGCCAAACAAGCUCAAACCUCCCAAAGCAACAGGUGAAAAGCUCCACCAGGCAGUAGCCAAGCCCCCGAAGGGCAAAGCCCGAGUGAAACCCACAGCCCCUCCCAGCCAGGUGCACCAGCCUGCGUCCAUCCUGACUCGGGUGGUGACCAGGGGGCAGUUCCAGAAAGUGCCUGACUCCCUGACGCUGACGGCAGGCGGCACCCUGGAGCUGCGCUGCCGAGGGCGCUCCGUCAGGUGGAGGUUCCCUGCGUACCUGGAGGACGAGGAGGAGGGGCGGCUCAGAAUCAAGCACUUUGAGAGGCACAGCCAGCUGCUGGUGGUGAACUCCAGGGCUGCAGACACUGGCGAGUACAGCUGCUGGUCCUUCCAGUGCCGGGACAGCGAGUGCCAGGACGGAGAGGACAGGACGGGCAAGGCUUUCAUCUUCUUCACAGACCCCCAGGAGCUGUUUGUGCCGACGGAGGAUUACUACGAAGUGGUCCAGCUGCGCACGAACCAUCCCACGCUCCUACCAUGCCAGGUGACCAGCCCUCUGGCCAAGGUGACCCUGCACCGUGAAUUCCCCCCCGAGGAGGUGGCCGUGGACGGGAUUGACAUCUCGUACGACGUGAAGAGGGGGUUCGUGAUCCACCGCCCACGGCCCUCGUAUGCAGGGUCGCUCUUCUGCAUGGCCAGCCUAGCCGGCGUGCAGCAGAUAUCCACCAAGUACAUGCUGAUCUACAUCAACUACCCUUCCUCUGCUCCCAAACCCACAGUCAGCGCCUCAGCCACCACUGUGCGGGCUGGAGAAAACUUCAACGUGACCUGCACGGUGUUUGGAGAACCAGAAGUCGCGGUCGACUUUACCUGGGAGUAUCCGGGGCAGCAGAUUGGCAGGCCCCCCUACAGCCGCGAACGUGCCGACCUGGCACGCCGAGGUGGGCAGGUGCAGCAGGAAUCCGAGAGCAUCCUCUACAUAGAUGAGGCCCGUGCGAUAGACGAAGGGCUUUACACCUGCAGUGCCAUGAACCUACAGGGCACCACCACCGUCUCCACCCGUGUCCAGGUACUUCCAGCCACCCCGGCCCCAAGGGCGGCCCGGACUGGAUAGCCCGGCCAUGCUACAGACAGGGAGGUCAGCUAUGGCAAUGCAUAUAAGUAAUAAAAGGACCAGAGAUCUCUUUGUGACACAGGCACCAAAUUUGCUUCCAUUCUCCCUCCUCCCCUUCCUGUGAUUUAUUUACUCAUUAAACUG